AUGUCUAGCGGAGGGCUCCUGGAGAUGAAAAGCCCCCGAGAGGAGGAUUUGUUCCCGUUCGCUCGGGAGCGGCUCGGGGAUGUCCCGGCCGAGCUGCUGUCCUUGCUCAGGCAGAGGGAAAAGGAAGUGCAGCUGGCGGCCGAGCUGGGCAAGGCACUGCUCUCGGAGAACCAGGAGCUGAGGAAGGCGAACGAGCAAAUCCACCAGCAGUUCAGCCAGAAGCUGGAGGAACUGGAACAGGAGAAAUACUCAUCACAUCUGAAGCAUGAGGGGAGGAGGAGUGAAUGGGAGGCUCAAGUUGCAGAGCUGGAAAUUGAUCUACAACAGUCACAGCUAGAGCUCCAGAAACAGCAGCAAUACCUACGUGAGGUUGAAAAGGUUAAAAUAGACAUGGAAUGUGAUCUAAGUGAACAAAAUCAGAAGCUGGUGGAGCAACUAAACAAAGCAGCAGAAGUGGAGCAGACCCUCACCCAUGAGAUCAAAACAUUAAGGGAGAGGUUUAUGGGCAGAGAGUUUCUGGUGAAUGAGAAUGCAACAAGGACACGGAGCCUUCACGUUGAGCUAGAGCUGUUGGCUGAGCAGAAACAUAAUCUGGAGCAGCAAAUAAUCACAGUAGAGAAGGAGAACUUGGCACUAAAGAGCAUCAUUAACUCCAUGCAAGAGGAAUUCUCACAGUUACAACAGAAGAACAGUGAGCAGCUACUGCAGCUAACCCUGGCACAGGAGAAUGUCAGUGAAACCCAGGGCCUGAAUCGGCAGCUACAGAACCAAGUGCAGGAGCUGAGUGAGCAGCUGAUGAUGCAGGAAUCUGCCGAUCACAAUGAUUCCCUUCUCUCUGAAAUUGAGCACAAUCUGGAGACCAAGGCUCAGAUUUGGGAGGCCGAGAAAGAUCAGGUAAAGGAUGACAUUGUGAAAAUCCAUCAACAGUUACUCACCUUGACUGGUGUGAAAUGCUGUGACAGUUUGACUGGAUGUCAGUUUCAUUCUCUGCAAGCAGCACUUUCACAUCUGAAGGAUCAAGUCCAUAUCCUAGUACGUGGCCCAGCUGAACAGGUUCUCACUGAAGCCAGUCAGAUAGAAUUGGAGGAGAUGCUGAGGAGGGAUCAACAGCAAAACCAGCAGGAACAGGCAAUGAAUGAAGAAAAGCAACAGAUAAUUGAGGAGCUUCAAAGACAGAUGGAUUCUCUAAGCACAGAUCUGGUGAAUCUCCGGAAGGAAAAUGAUAGUCUGCAGUGCAGCCUCAAGAAUGAUUCUGGUCAUCAGCAUUUCCUGCAGGCAAUCCGUGAAAGGGACAUUGCGAUAACUAAAAAGAAUGCAGUGGAAGCAGAGCUGCUUAACUGUCAGAUGGAUAUGAAAUCAUUGAACUCCCAGCUUCUGGAGACCAUUCAACAGAAAGUGGGCCUGUCACAGGAGCUAGAAGCUUGGCAGGACGACAUGCAAUUUGUGAUAAGUCAGCAACUCAAAACCCAGCAGAAGACUGAACAGGCCUUGAAUCCUUCCUCCCAAAAUCACAGCCAGUACGGGGAUUCCAAACAUCGCUACUCCUUUCUCCGCAGAAGUCAGAUUCCCGAAGGAAGAGGCUUCCUCUCAUUAUUUAAGAGGUUAUUGAUCAAGAAAAAGCCUCAAGCUAGGGAUGUAUACUACUGGCUGCAGAAUUAUUUUGACAAAAAGAAAUUGAAAAAAAAACAAUUAAAAUUGUAAAAAGGAAAAAGCUGAGACUUCAAUAUUGCCAUCUGCUGCAGACAGCAUCUGCAGACGUUGCAAAACAAAAAAAGGAGAUGGAUGGGUUGUCAAGACCUCAACAGAGAUAAGUGUUUAUUUUACACAGUGUAACAUUAAAUCUGCCAGCUUCAUGACAGGCUGCAUGAAGCUCAAAGGUGCUCAAUACUUCUUUCCAAAACUGGUGAUUAAUGAAGGUUUCUUUAAAAGAAUAAAGAACUGGGAUUUCUAUUUUAUUAUUGUAACAGAAUACAAACCGCUGAUAAUGAACAGAAGUUCAAUCCCUUUCUGUAAAGGGACAAGACGACUGGUUCAGAGUUUAGGACUUUCUUAGAAUCCCAAAUGUUAUGCUGGAAGGUUGGUACCCAAAAGACUCACCUGUCUGGCGGCUUACUAGUAAUGGUGUUAUGUAUUUUUAGCCUUUUCUGUACUUUUAUUUCCAGUAUACAAAGUUUUUUUCUUUUAUUUAAACUGUAAUAAUAUAUAAAAAUAGCUUAUAGUUAUUUCACAGGUUCUCCCAAUGGCUAGAUGGUGCCAUGUAAAGCUUGUUGAAUAAAUGUUAUUUAUUACUUCACAAUAAUAUAAUUGUUGAGUUCUUUAAAUUAUGGGGAAAAAACACAAACUGUGUGAGAGAGAUCAUGGCUAUGUGAACAAUGUUGUAGAGAUGCACAAAUACAUGUUUUAUAAUGCAAAAACAGUCAAAUACACUGUAGUAAUUUCUGGUGUCAAACCAGGUGUUUCAUAAUCUCGGUCUGGAUCCUAACUGGGCUUG